CAACAAACCAUCGACACCAACAACACACCCACGACCACCAACCAAAGAACCAACCACCACCAUGUCUUCUUCGGCUCGAGCACGCGAGCACGCCACGCCUUAUCAUGCGGAUGACAACGACGACGACGACGGAUACACGUACGAGGGGGGAGAGGAGGAGGAGGGCGAAGGGUUUCAGCUGUUCUCCACGCGCCGGCCACGCGACGUGGGUGCUGGGCUGUCCUCCGGGCUAAAGUCCAUUGGCAAAGGCGUUGGGCUCGGCAUUGUGUCGCUUGUGGCCGCUCCCGUUGCGGGCGCGUACGAGGGCGGCGCCUCCGGGUUCGCGCGAGGCCUCGGCGCCGGCGUUCUCGGCGCCGUCGUGCUGCCUGUCACGGGCACGCUUGUCGGCGCCACGCAGAUUGUCCGUGGCGUGUGGAACACGCCCGAGGCCAUUGUGGCCAGGGCGCGCGGCCAGCAGUUUGACCCCUUCAAGCGCGAGUGGGUGGACUUCCGCAUUGACCGCGCCGUCGUCCUCGACGAGCCCGAGUUCGCCCGCAAGCGCAAGCACAAGGCAAGGCCCGGGCGCGGCGGCGACGGCGACGACGAUGGUGAUGGCGACGGCGACGGCAACAUGGACGGCGACUUCUACGCCAUGCUCGGCGUCUCCCACGACGCAUCGGAUGAGGAGAUCCGCAAGAACUACUACAAGCUCGCGCGCAAGUGGCACCCGGACAAGAACCCCGGCGACGAGGACGCGGCGGCCAAGUUCCAGCGGCUGGGCCGCGCAUACCAGGUGCUGUCCAACCCGGACCUCCGUGCCAAGUACGACCAGGGCGGCGAGGAGAACGUGUCUGAGGACGACACCGUGGACGCGGGCCUGUUCUUCACCAUGCUGUUUGGAAGCGACCUCUUCACACCGUACGUUGGAGAGCUGGCCAUGGCCACGGCCGCGCGCCUUGGCGACGCCGCCUCCCAGCGCACCAUGUACCGCGCCCAGCUGUAUCGCGUGGCGCAGCUCGCCCAGUCCCUUGCCCUCCGCCUCGACACCCUCGCACCCGCUCACCCACAGCAACAACAGCAGCAGCAGCAGCAACAACAACAGCAGCAGCAGCAGCAGUCUGGUUCACCUCAUCGCCGGUCGACGCUGUCAGCGUUUGCAUCACGGCUCACAUCGUGGGGGAGUCGCAGACACGUGGGCAGUGGCGACGGCGAUGGCUCACGCACACAACAGCAGCAGCAACAGCAGCAACAGCAGCAGCAACAACAGCAACAACAACAGCAGGGAACGCAGGCGACUGGGGCCAAUGGGAGCGAUGCCGGCCCUUACCCCGCGGCGGCGCUGAGCGAGGCGGAGUUUGCUGCGCGCGUGCGUGAGGAGGCGGAGCGGCUGGCCCGUGCGUCGUUUGGCAUUGAGCUGCUCGGCGCCAUUGGACGCGAAUACCGGCUGGCGGCCGACGUGGGCCGCGGCGGGCUCGUCGGGUUCCGCGCACGUGUGCAGCGCGGGCGGCACGCGCUCGGGGUGAAGUGGCACGCGGUCAAGUCUGCCGGGAGCAUGCUGAUGACGGCGCACUCGCUGGCGCAGCGGCUGGAGCGUGAGGAGGAAGAGCGGCGGCGGGAGGCGGCGGUGGAGCGGGAGAUGGAGGCGGAGGGGGUGGACAGCACCAUGGUGGAGGAGGAGGACGGGUUCACCGUCGUGCAGAAGAAGGAGAAAAAGGAAGAGAAGGAGAAGGAGGGUGCAGAGGAGGGCAGCAAGGGGACUGCUGGCAAGAGCGGUGGUGGAGAACAACAGGACGAAGAACAAGAAGAAGAUGGUCACGUGGACACGAACAAGGACACGAGCGGCGGCAAUGCCAGUGACGGCGAAGGCACACAUGGUGAUGCUGCUGCUGAUGAAGAUGCCGAUGAAGAUGAGAGCACGGCACCAGGGUCCACGGAGCGGGACGCGCGUGCUGAGGCGGCGGCGGAUGCGCGGCGGGCGGCGGAGGAGACGGCGCAACGAGAGGCAGAGCAGCGGGCGCGGCUGGAGGCGAUGCUGGAGCAGGAGGCCCUGCCCAUGGUGCUCGAUGCAAUGUGGGCCGGCAACAUGGUGGACAUCCAGACCACCCUGGAGGCGGCGUGCCACGCGGCGCUGGUGGGCGGGACGCACGGGGUGGAUGCGGUGGACCGGCAGCAGCGCCGGCGGCGGUGCGAUGCGCUGCGCAUCACGGCAGACGUGUUCCUGGCGGUGGCGAGGGAGGCCGCACAGCGCAGGGACGACGAGGAACACAGCCACCAGCAGCAGCAACAGCAGCAGCAGCACACAGGCGGUGCUGGUCGUGAGGAGGAUACAGGGGACGCUGGCGAUGGUGAUCAUGGACGGGAGGGGCGUGGUGUGGAUGGUGCCGGGCCAGGCAUCAGCAGCGGUGACAGGAGCAAGAAGAGGGCGGAGGACGAGCGACGGGCGCGGCGGGCGCGGGAUGCGAUGGAGCGGGCGCAGGUGGAGACGGUCCUGCGGUCGCAGUUUGGUGACGACGUGGACGUGGAGGAGAUGCGCAGGGAGAUGGAACGCCACAAGCAGCAGUACGCACAACAACAACAACAACAACAACAACAACAACAACAACAGCAGCAGCAGCAGCAGCAGCAGCAGGAAAAGCAGGACAAGCAGGACUCGUCAGCAUCAACGGCGUGAACGUGGCAGCUCCAUGCUCUACUGUGUGUCUGUCUGUGUGUGUGUGUGUGUCUGUGUGUCUGUGUGUCUGUGUCUGUGUCUAUGUGUCUGUGUCUGUGUGUCUAUGUGCCGUCUUAUUUGUUACUUUCCUCCGUGGUUUCUUCUUUUAUUUGUGUAUCGUCGUACGGGUUCCUUUAAUGUACCUGUUCCUACGUACUCCCCAACCAUCAACUCACACCCGAAGUACACGAUGCGCAAGUAC